AUGAGUCAUAAACAAAUUAUUGAUUACUUCACGGGAACUCAUCCAAAUUUCCCCAAUAUACCCGUAUUUAAUAAUAUCGAAGAUAUUGUUCGUUUGAUGCCUGAUACGUCGAAAACUACAAAUGAUCGGGCAAUGAUCUCAAUAACUGUUGACCAUAUUGCACGUAAUGAGGCUCAUAUUAAUGAUAGAGAAGCUAUUCGAAUGGCUACAACAUAUUUUUUAUCCCUACUUCAACACCGUGAAAAUCGCAAUCAAAGAGAUAUAUAUAAAAAUCUUGCUCUUAACAAGCCGUACCCAUCCUAUUUAAAGUUUGAGUUUACCGAGCUCAAGCAAAAUUAA